AUGACAUCAGUCAACGGAAAACAUAUUGUGCAUUUGCACAGUUUGUUUGCGUCCAGUGCUUUUAUUUGCGCUCUUGUGGUUGGCUACCAAUUACACUUCCAUAAGAUCGUGCGCAACGCGCACUACGGGUACCCGGAUGAGUGGUUCCCAAGCGUGUCUGCGACAAUUGGGGAUCGGUACCCCGAACGCUCGCUCUUCCAGGUUUUGAUUGCGGUGACAGCCUUUCCGAGGUUCCUGUUGUUGUUGAUGCACUGGGUGCGGAGCCGCUCGGCACUGGGAGUCAUGGCCGGGUUUACUCGGACGAUGACGUGCGGGGGGUGGGUGUACAUUACGAGUUCGGACGACCACGACGCGCACGAUGUGUUCAUGAUCGCGUACAUCGUGUUGACAAUCCCGUGGUGCGUGUUCGUGGUGCGGCACGCGACGCAUAACCGGGCGCUGCGGAAGGUGGUCGGGGGGGCAUUCUUCGGCACGCUCGUACCGCUAAUCUACUGGUUUAUACAGCACAAUGUCAAGAAGCGGGCGGGCGCGUACUCUAUCUACGCGUACUUCGAGUGGUCCUUGAUUAUUUUGGACAUUCUCUUUGAUGGGCUCAGCUACGCAGACAUGGAGGACCUCACGAUAACGUUCGGCACCCAGGGCAGCAGGCCUUCGGUGGGGGUGCUGCAGUCCAAGACAAGCACCCUGCUGUCUAGCGCCGGCAAGGGACUCGGCGGCGGCGCAAUGGAGGAAAUGCUGGAGGAGGUGAUUAUCACGCAGGAGCACGAGAAACUCGUUUACCUGCCGGACGAGCCCAUCACCAAUCAGGCAAGUCUGUUUUACAUUGUUGUCAGUACCUUUGACUCGUUUAUGUUCUGGACGAACUUGACUGCCCUAUUGUGUAUGAUAUGGUUUUUCCCGCUCUGGUACAUGGGUAUCUCCGGCUAUGAGGCGGUGAUAGCGGCGGUAUUGAGCCCAGUUCUGCUUUAUGUUCCAUUUUUCCCAACGUUGAUUCAACAGUACGGCCCUUUACUUGCUAAUGUAAUCGGUAUCGGAGCGUACAUAGUUGAGAAACCGGAGUGGAGGUUGAUGACGGUUGCGGUUGCCACGGGUCUCAGCACGAUGAACUUUGCAGUGACCUUGAAGAGCAUUGUGAAGGACAACGCGCGUGUCGCGCAGUUUGCCAUUACUUGGUCUCUAGGCCUUGUUGCGAGCGUUGUGUUGAAGAUGGCCUUCUACUCGAACAAUCCCUUGUGGCCAAUAAUGAAAGAAGAGAACGGCGGUUGGAACAAAACCGGUCUUGCUAUUGCCACUGCUUUUGCAAUGAUAACUCCAUAUGUCAAUCGCUGCCACUAUGCUCGCAAGAAAUCCUCUGAGCCAUCCGGCCAGACAUACACUAUCUUGCCACUUUACAAGAGAGCUCUGGCUUCCGUCGGGUUUGGUGCGUUAGUUUUCGCGAUCCAUCAAUCGCUAACGGAGUCCUCGACCUUGAUAUACUGGUGCUGGGAGGGAUGGUCGCAAUCUGCGAAGAUGGGCCCUUUGGCAUGGCCAUUUACGGGGCUAACCUGUGUUGCAAUGGUUGUGGGAGUGCACCUAUCCAAGCGGUUUGCAGAGAGCCCUGGAUCCACUAGCAGAUGGCUGUUGGCUCUUUCAACCGCGGUUCUAAGCACAUCGCACAUAACUGGAUGGUACAAAUUUGUUUUCGGCGGUCUACCAUACGCUGUUUCCAUCAUGUUGUUUAUUCCAAAUUACUUCAUCACCAUGAACAAGGCUAGCUACUUUUCGCUUGUGGGUUCCUUUGUCGUUUAUAUCCUCCUAACAUUAUCUCAUGUGUGGACUGUUGCUUACGCCUUCGUCCCCUUCGGAUGGGUCUUGCGCGAACGUUUGCACUGGGUUCUAACUGCAUCCACGAUGUGUAUCCUUCUAGGCUCCUGCGAUUAUCCAUUAUCCGUCCCUAUCAGUGCUGCUUUCAUGAAGCGUGUUACCAUAGUCUUGGUUGGUGUUAUGGUGGCUAUAGCGUAUAGCGUCGAACAGCUAAAGCCCACCGGUGUACCGCAGCCUUACCAUCCUGAUGCAAAUUUGAUUACUGCAGGUAUCUGGACCAUCCACUUUGGUCUUGACAACGAUCUAUGGGCAAGUGAAAAUCGGAUGAUCGAUUUGAUCCGCGAUAUGGAAUUAGAUCUAGUCGGGUUGUUAGAAACUGACACACAGCGCAUCACCACGGGCAACCGGGACCUCACAGCACGCAUGUCACAUGAGUUACAGAUGUACGCGGAUUACGGACCCGGGCCAAAUAAACAUACCUGGGGUGCUGUGUUGCUCUCGAAAUUCCCUAUCGUGGAAAGUACGCACCAUCUCCUACCAUCGCCUGUGGGGGAAUUGGCCCCGGUGAUCCAUGCCGUGAUCGAAGCCUACGGCGAACUCGUGGACGUAUAUGUUUUCCACAGUGGACAGGAAGAAGAUGUUCUUGAUAGGAAGUUGCAAAGUGAAGCUCUUCGUGAUAUUAUGGGUGCUCGCGAUAGACCGGCUAUCCUACUAAGUUAUCUAGUCACGAAGCCAAACGAAGGCAACUACCACACGUACGUCGGGGAAGCUUCUGGAAUGCAAGAUAUAGACUUUGAAGAUGACGACAGAUGGUGCCAGUAUAUCCUAUACAAAAACUUGAAGAGGACUGGAUUCGCGAGAGUCUCCAGGAGCACUAUCACCGACACUGAACUACAGGUAGGAAAGUUUCAAGUUCAUAAUGGGGUGUCACAAGGCCUGAAACGGGUGGAAAAAUCACAGGUGAAUGACACCCUCCGCUUUCCAGACAAGUUCCUUGGAGACGGUGUGAGGGGUCACCGUUACCAUGUUUUUAACGAGCCUCGGUAUUAUGAAUGA